UGGGUUCAAACAAGGAACAGCUGCACUCAAUCAAGCUGUAGCUGACAACACAGAGAGAGUAAAUUUGAACGUUGUCCUCUAAAAAUGGAAUAACAUUAAAGCGUAUUGCUGUUGGCUGAGAGGCAGGAAGAGGUGGUGCUCUGGGAAACCAGCAGAUAUGAAAUGAUUUAAAUGGAAAACCUCCUGAAGGACGGAGCCACACUGACGCUCCAACGAGAUCAGACGUGGAAAUCCUCUCUUCAGUGUUUAACAUCACCUUCGUUGUUUUCUGUUGAUGCUUUUCAUGAAGAUUUCAGCAUCUCUAAGAUCUUUCAUUAAGUGGUGUUUAAUUUUCAGAGCUGUCCAGCUGUGCAUGGAGAACCUAACAUUCACUCCUCUCAGGCAGCCGAUUGUGUUUGAACUGGAGGGCUUCGACGUUCCACCAGGACAUGGUCCGCUCCUCUUCUUCCUGGCCCUGUUUGCCUACAUGGUGGUGCUGCUGGGGAACGGUGUGGUGAUCUGUGUCAUCGUGACGGACCGCAGCCUGCACAGACCCAUGUUUGUGAUGAUCUGCCACCUGGUGGUCUGUGACCUGCUGGGCGCCACGGCGGUGUUUCCCAGCCUCAUGAUGCACUUCUUGACGGGGCAGAAGAAGAUCGGCUACCUCCCAGCUAUUGCUCAGGGUUUCUGUGUUCACACAUACGGAGUUGCAAUGCACACUAUCCUGGUGGUGAUGGCUAUUGACAGGUACGUGGCAGUGUGUGAACCUCUCAGGUAUCACUCCAUCAUGACUUCGGCUCGGCUGCACAGCUGCUGCUCUGUGGCCUGGAUCGUUGCUCUGCUGCUCAUCGCUGUGCUCUUCUCCUUCCACAUAAAUCUCCCUUACUGCAGUCGAAUCAUUCAGCACGUCUACUGCAGCAAUAAGUCCAUGAUGAAUCUGGCCUGCGCUCCGCCUCUUAUCAGCAACAUCUACGGUUUAGCCAUGACCUGGUUUGUGAGUACAGGGACGUUCAUCAUCAUCUCCUAUUUCUACGUCAGGAUCCUGAGAGCUGCUCUGAAGCAGGGCAGGACCGACAGCAGCAUCCGUACCAAGGCCUUCCAGACUUGUGCAUCACACCUUGUGGUUUAUGUCUUCUAUGAAUUGGCCACACUGAUUAUAGUCGUUAACUACAGAUUUCCAUCCUCCUCCCAAAACAUCAAUAAGGUUCUCGGCAUCCUGUUCAUCAUGGUCCCUCCGGCCAUCAACCCCAUCAUCUACGGGCUGGUCAGUAAGGAGCUGCGCUCCAGCAUCGCCAAGCGGUUUUCCACCAGAACCGCUCACAAGAACUGACUUAUUUUGUCACAUUGUUAUAUUUCUAAGAUGUUGGAGGAACAGUAACUAGUAAUAAUGCAAUGUUGUACAAACAGGUCUGUUUGGGAUCUGUUGUCUGCAGAAAGUGAAAACCAAGCAGUAAUGAGCUGCUGCAGAGGCAGGAUGUCAAAAUGAAGGACAAAAUAAAAGCUCCAUCAUCUGUAACUGGUUUCAUCUUCCCCAGUAUCCCACAAGUAGCUAAAAUAAAAAGUGACACUUGAAAGAAAAGCAUUAUUUUGUUGACGGUGAGCAGCUUCAGUUUCACUAUAUGUAAAAAUAAAGUUAUAAAUACCGA